AGACAGACAGACACACACACACACACACACACACACACACACACGCAUUCCCCACCUGCGGCUGCUCCUCUAAUGACACUCAUACAGAACCUCCAGGAUGCAUCUACUGUUAGUUCUUACAUUUGUUCUAGAGGUUCAGUCGAGAAUCAUGAACCUCAACUUCACCAGCGACUGCACCUGCCAUAUUGAGCUCAAAUCCACUAACUGCACCAGCAGCAAUUACACCCAGCUGCCCAUGUACCUUCCACCAUUCACCGAACAACUGGACCUAUCCUUCAACCUCCUGAGUGCCAUUGAACCACAAGCUUUCCAGGCUACCCGAAGACUUCGCAUCCUACUUCUAAACAAUAAUGCGAUUAGCAAGCUAGCCAAUGGGGCGUUCUCUCUGCUGGAGGGUUUGUUGAGACUGGACUUGAGCCGAAACCGAAUCUCAACCCUGAGUGAAGGGUUUUCAUUGGGUCUUGGUUCCCUUCGAGAGCUCUCAUUGGCUGAGAACAGAUUGACAGUCUUGGACAGCAGCUGUUUUGUCCACUUGGACUUUUUGCAAAGGCUCAACCUGAGUCAUAACACCAUCAAGACAAUCAAGAUGAGGGCAUUUGGCUCCAUGAGUACCCUACGCCAGAUACAACUCGACUGGAACAAUAUAACGAUUCUGAAAAAUGGGAUCUUCUCCAUGCUUCGGAAUCUUGAAGUUCUGAAUUUACGACACAAUCAGAUUAACUGCUUGGACGUUGGAGUACUUUCACCUUUGACUAGUCUUGCCGUACUGGAUCUCACCAAUAACAAUCUGUCCUCGAUUCAAUUUAAGACCUUCUUGAGUCUCAACACCUAUAGCACACACAUAAUGCUCCAAGGUAACCCAUGGAAGUGUGAUUGCGAUCUGCAAAGAGUCUUCCGGAAGCUUAGUAACGUCAAACGGCUGUUCCUGGACGACUACGACAAUCUCACCUGCUUGAAUUUGGAUGAAAUUCAUGGUUACUACACGAUGGGCUUAGAUACGGAGCUCUGUGUCGCGGAAAUGGUGACCGUCCUUGUCAUUACGAUUACGGUGGUUAUCACUGUUGUGGCGGCCAUCGUUAUGGCGGAGAAGAAACGAAAGAAAAAGAAUAAAGAAAAGCACUGGACGGAGGUCAGCGAGUACUCUUGUGGAUCGCAGGAUUAAGCAGAUUUCUGAACAAAUUAUGAUAAUGUAAUUAAUCUACACAUACAGUGUUGUUAUAGAGUGAAUAAAAAAAGGACAUUAUCUUCCUCUGUAUUUCACAAUUUGUCUAUAAAUUUUGUAAAUUAAAAAAUGUAAAUUAUUAAACAGUUGCAUGUUAAGUUACAUGAGUCUGUCCUAGCAGGAGAGUUUUUGUAGGGUUUGUAAAAAGUUUGCAAUCAAAAUAAAGAAAUUAACUUGUUAUUUAAAAAAAAAACAAAUGUUAAUGAACUGUAUCAAUUAACCAAUUAUGUAAACAGGAUUUUAAAUAAACCAUUUUUCA